GAAGAAGAAGAAGAAGAAGAAGAAGAAGAAGAAGAAGAAGAAGAAGAAGAAGAAGAAGAAGAAGAAGAAGAAGAAGAAGAAGAAGAAGAAGAAGCAGAAGAAGAAGAAGAAGAAGAUCGAUAUAUGGAAUAUAUCAUACAAUCAUUACCACUACCACCACCACGCACCACCCCCGCCAUCGUAAGCACUAGCUCGACCAACAACCAACAACCACUACCAUCACAGUCACGAAAGAACAACUCCGCCAUUAAGAACAAUAUCACUACGACCGCUAACAAUAUUAACCACACCAAUAUAAUAAGAACAGCGAUUUCACAGCAUAACAGCGACAACUUCACGGCGACUAUUAUUGAUCACUGAAAACAAUACCAAUAAUAUCAUCAACCAAUAACAAGGCCACAAGCUUCGUAGAUGGCUGGUACACAGGCCGUUUAUGAUUUGGAUAAUCUAUUCAUCAAUUUAAAGACUUAUGGUAAUUACCAAAUUAGGCAGCUGCUAGUUGUUUCGUCUUCUCUUUUGAUUGUAUCUCAUAGUCUUUUCCUAUUCCUGGCAAUAGGUUAUACUCCAGAUCAUCAAUGCAAGGAUCUCUCAGAGGAACAGCUGUCCAUAUACAACGUGACGUCAUACGAUGUCAUCAAUUAUGAGAAGUGUCACAUUAACAUAUUUCGUGGCUUGAAAAAUAUUACGGAUGAACUCUCCUGUAUUAAUGGACACAACUUCUCAGCAAAUAAAGAUAUCUCUUUUGUGAUAGAGGGUUCCGCUAUUCCUGGUUUUACCAUGAUAUUGGAAACGUUUCCUGCUGACAAACGGACACUGAUUUCAUGCAUAGUGGGGGUUUGGUGGAGUUUAUGUGUUAUGAUCCUUGCGUUGGUUGCCUAUGUGAUGAAACAUUCGGAAUGGAGAUGGUUGUGUGCCGUUUGUGGGUUUCCAGGGAUCGUAUGUGUAUUUGAAUUCUGGUACAUAAGAGAAAGCAUUCGAUGGUUGUUCGCAAAAGGGAAAAUUGUAGAAGCCGAAAGAAUUGUGAAACGCGCAGCAAAACUUAACGGAGUCGAUUUCGAAUCGACAUGGACAAAAUGUCUGAAAUCUAAUGAAUCUGCCAUGGAACUGCAUCAAUUAGGUGAACAGUCCAAACAACUGAUUGACAGAACUGCAACAAACCCUGAAGACGAAGCCAAAGUUCAUCCUAAAGAAACUGCGCUUGGAUUGUGGACCAUGAUGAAAUACAGUACAACCAGAAAUAUCACCCUAGUUGUCAUGUUCGCAUGGCUGAUUACCAGUGUGACAUAUUUCGGACUCUACUUGACCUCCAGUAGUUUGUCUGGGGACCGUCAUUUGAAUUAUUUCCUCACAGCAUCCAUGGAACUUCCUUCCAGUUUCGUCCAAUACAAAUUAUUCAUGCUAUUUGGACGGAAGAAAACCAUCAUAAUUCUCAUUGCUUCCUCAGCUGUGACAUUGUUAGCCGUGGCAGUUCUGAAGUCGAUCGGUGACAGUGAUGCCAUCAACACUUCCACAGUAGUUUUGUCUUUACUUGGAAUGGUCGGUAUCAGUGGUGCCUUUGGUGGUUUAUGGUUAUAUACUCCUGAAAUAUAUCCGACCACAUUAAGGAAUGCUGGAAUGGGUAUAGCCUCAGCUACAGCACGUAUCGGUAGCGUGAUCUCUCCUUACACAAGAAUGCUGGUAAGUAAAAUGUUUUCUUUAGUAUAUAGAUUUCUCUCGGAAAUUCAGGACUGUGGAAAUUGAAUGUAGUACACUUGA